GUGAAUUCGGCUGGGCCCACACGCUGGCGAUUGGAGCUUGGCGCCCAAGGUGAGCUGCCAGCGCUGCCGGGAGACCGAGACGGUGUGCUGAGGAUUGCGUGUGGCGACGCCGUCUUGGCAGUUUUGGCCGCUGGCAGCGUCCCGACGCUGCAGGGCCCCCCGCGGCUGGUGGUCCGUGACGAGCUCGGGGAAGAACUUGUCUUGGAAGGUGAUGACAGAGGACCGACUGCAGACUGGGUUGCGGAGUGGCUCCCGGAGAGGCCCGGUCCAUACGAAGUUUUUGUGCUCUACCCCGGUGUCGGGGAGAACGAGGAGAUGCUUGAUGUAGCUGCCCCGACCUGGCAACUUGUGGCAGCUUGGACUGGUAGGCGGCUAAACGCCCAGUUCAGGGUGGGCGGUGAAGCUGGAAGAGGUCAGUUUGUGUUCUGGCAAGAGCCAGCCUUUACUUUCCUUCGCAGCCAAGUUGACGUGGCGUCAAGGGGCAGCACCUCCCGUGUCGCUCUGUCGCCAGACCGAAGCAUGGGUGUUGUGAUUUCAGACGUUUUUCUCGAAGAGGAGCGAGUCGUCCAGCUUACCGUCCUCUCGCGACUCGCCGGUCCUAUCGAGCGCUGGCCGGAGACACUGGCCCCGCAGCACGACGAGCUGUACUCGCACAUCCUGCGGCGACGUGGGGGCUUGCAAGCGAAGGCCUCGGCAGAGGUGCAGCAGAGCGCUGGCGCCGCAAUCCGCUUCCCUUACACCGAGGGCGGGUUGAGAAGCAGCCGAGCAGCUGUCUACUGGGCGUGGCUCCAGCUGGCCAUUGGCCAGAGGCUUGCAGCUGCCGCCACCGCCUCCAACAUUUCCGUUUCCGAUGUUCUUUCGGAUCCCAGUGCUGCAGGCAUCAUCCGCUUUGCUGAGAAGCUGGGGAGACCUCUCAGCGCCCAACUUUGA